AUUUUUAUUGAAGACAAAAUAUAUUCACAAAUGUACCUACCUAAUUAAUUUAAUUGAUAAAAUUUCAAUCAUGUUGGCAUUUGAAAUUUAGAACAUUCGAAUACCAUUCAAUUUAUUUUCAUGUUAAUGUCGAUUAUUGGUUGUUUUUUGUUUAAAUUAACAGUUUAAAUAAUCGUUAUUAAAAUUGUACCUAAUCCAAUUUGUUAACAUGUCCAACUAUUUAAACGGUGGACGUGUUAACGUAGGGCAGCUGCAAGAAAGUGCUGCAAAAAAUUUAAUUUUAUUACUAGAUAAAUGCGAUGGCCCAAAAGUGAUUAUUUUGGAUGAAGGUUUAACUAGGCCCAUAGGAUUAAUUGCUACUUACAGUUUAUUAAGAGAACAUGACGUAAAAGAAGUAUUUAUUCUCAAUGCAGGGAAAUUAGGAAGUUUUCGAGAAAAAGUAAAAAAUGUAAUAUUUAUAACUAGGCCUUUUUUGACACACAUGGAUAUGAUAUGUGAAAACAUACACAAAGAAAAUCAAGAAGACUUGAAACAUAGAGAAUAUCAUCUGUUUUUUGUUCCUACUCGAAGUUUAUUAUGUGAAAAACGUUUAGAAAGAAAAGGUGUAUUUGGAAAUUUUGUGUUGAUUGAGGAAUUUCGAUGCUUUCUAUUUCCCUUAGAAAAUGAUCUUAUGUCUAUGGAAAUGAACGACUGCUAUAAGGAAUUAUCGUUAGAAAAAGAUCCUACGUGUUUAUAUCGUGUAGCCCAAGCUAUCGUAAUGUUGGAGGAUAUUUACGGUCGAAUAGGUCGUAUAUCUGGCAAAGGCCCCACUGUCAAACAAGUGUGGGACUUGGUGUCUAAAAUAUCGUUGGAGCCUCGUGCACCAAAUUCUAAAGCCACCCGAAAUUAUAAGACUAUUGAUCAUCUUAUAAUAUUGGAUCGAUCCGUAGACUUGUUGACACCUAUGGCAACUCAAUUGACAUUUGAGGGCCUUAUUGAUGAACUUUACGGAAUAGACUGUUGUACUGUCGAGUUGCCUGCUGACAAGUUUGUUUCCGAAGAAGGAAAUUCAAAUGUGCUAUCGCAUAAAAAAAUUGUUCUAAAUUCUAGUGACGAAAUAUUUGCUGAAACUCGGAAUAAACAUUUUAAUGCAGUUUUAAUGAAUUUAAGCAAAAGAGCCAAACAUAUAACAUCGGAGUAUGACGAAACACGUAAUGGUAAAACUGUUCAAGAAAUGAAACAAUUAGUGUCAAAGCUUCCGUACAUGCUGACGCUUAAAAAACAACUUUCCACAUAUACUACCAUAGCUGGAUUAAUUAAAGAAUUAACAGAUAAAAAAAAUUUUCGUGAAUUUAUAAAUUUACAACAAGAGUUAAUUUUAGGAAUAGAUUCUGAUAAAAUACUACCUCAGAUAGAAGAUUUAAUUGCUAAUAAGCAUAAUAUUAUUUCUGUACUACGUUUAAUAUGUAUGCAGUCCUCUGUCAAUUCUGGAUUGAAACAAAAAGUCUUGGAUUAUUAUAAGAAAGAAAUAAUUCAGACAUACGGAUUUGAGCACUUGGUGACAAUGGCCAAUUUAGAAACGUCAGGCCUUAUAAAAAUACAAUCUAGUUCGAGGAGCUACGCUCUAUGUCGCAGAUUAUUGAAAUUAGAUGUUUAUGAAAUGAGCGAAGUCGAUCCAGAUGAUAUUAAUUAUGUUUACGGUAUUUACGCCCCGCUUAGUGUGAGAUUAAUUCAGCAUAUAUCAAAAUCCGAUAGUAAAGUACUGUCUGACGUGUUGCCGAUAUUACCUGGACCUAAUGUUGAGCAUGUUAACUCGGCUAUUGACCAAACAUCCAGUAUGAGUUUUUUGGUAGACUCACAAAAAGUUGUUUUAGUAUUCUUCAUUGGGGGUUGUACUUUUGCGGAAAUAUCUGCUCUUCGUUUCUUAUCAACACUUGAAGAAUGCACUACAGAAUAUGUAAUUGCUACAACUAAUAUUACGAAUGGUAAUAGCUUCAUUAAGUCACUUUUAAUUCCAGAAAUAAGUAAAAGUUUGAUCGAGUUUGACAAGUACAUCGUUACAGUUGAAUAUUAUACCAGUAUCAUAUUAAAUAUGAUGAAUAUCAAGAUUAUAAUUUUACUUAGUCUAGCAGCAUAUGUUUCAUGUGGCUUAAAUCAUUCAUCGGGAAGAGAGGCUAGCUACAUGGAUUUGGAGCUACCUGAAGCUUCAAGUUCAGCUAAUCCUGAACUGGAAAUAGUAGCUAAGUUCCAAAACAUACAAAUAUUUGGAAAAUCUGAUGAUGAGAUUAUAGAAGAUGCGUUCAAUAUGUGUAAUGAAUGGGCCUACCAAGACCAAAGAUGGAUACCAAAAUUAAUUUCAAUUUAUCAAUUUAGCUUGUACAUGGUAGAAGAAGACGAGGAAACUUUAGAAACCUUUAAAAACUACGCAAUAAGUUUUGGGUCUUCAGAAUCAUCAGAAUCAAGUUGGAUAGAUUUACCAAAAUUUAGUAAAGUUUUUAAAGACUAUUGUAUUAAAUUGGAUGUUUCCGUUGAAAAAUUCGCUCAAGAAAGGAAAGACGCAAUGAUAUUUCGUAUACGAAAUGAUAACAAGAUAAUAAAUGAUUUGUACGAAGAUUGUAGAGAAUGGGUCAAUCGCGACGGACUUUCACUUAUUAACAUUUCAGACUAUCAAUUUUGCAAUUAUAUGAUAAACUCAACAUAUAUUGAAGACGAUCAUUAUAGCAUUACGAAUUACUUAAAGAGUUUUAAAUUUCCAGGAGCAUUCGCAUCAGAACGUUGGAUAGAUUUACCAAUAUUUAGUAAAGUUUUUCGAGGCUAUUGUAGUAAAUUGGGUGUAUCCGUUAAAAAACUCGCUCAAGAAAGGAAAGAAGCAUCAAUAUUAAGGAGACAAAAAGAGAUGGAAACGAUUCGUAGAGACGAGCAAACUCGUAAGAAAGAAAGAAAGCAGUAA